CACCCACUCUCCACUCUCCUGUGGCCUUUUUCGUUGCUAUCGAUGUUUUGUAUUUUUUGAUAAAUUGUUUAUUUUAGUUUGAUGGAGUCGUCGUAGUGGUUUUCCAAACUCUACUGGGCAGUGGAGAGCGAGAUCACGCGCCUCUGUUUUCCGAGCAGAGUGUCGCACAAUUUUGUGGCCGGCGGAUGGCAAAAGGCCGGAAGUUGAGUAUAAGCCGGAGUGAGCGCUUCCUCGGGAGCUAUAGCAAUGGUUACGCUCAAGGCUCCAAUGGAGACGACAAAACGGAGCUCCGUGAAGAAGAUGUGUGGUCGAUGAUUGAAAGCGCGGCCAACGGAGAGGAUCUGGAGAGCGACAACAAUUCGUAUCCGCGAUUUCCGGCGGAGAAUURUGGGAACAUUACCCUCAGGACCCGCCGCAGAACAACGCCGCGCGAUGGACGGAACGUCGGCGAGGUGUCGCUUGCUUUUCAAGAUUCCGUCAUGGGGACGGCGUCGCAGAGGGAUUUCGUCAGACAAAUCCAAGGAAAUGAAGGCGUGAUGAGUAAUACUCCACGUGGACGCCACGUGGCUGCAUCCGCUCCGGUGAGCGUGCCGGAUUGGAGCAAGAUUCUGCGGGCGGAGUCGGUGGAGUCGCUGCCGGAGCUCGACGACGUGAGGUAUAACGAUGAAUCGGAGAUGAUUCCGCCGCACGAAUAUCUGGCGCGUGAAUACGCGAGGAGCCGGCACGGGGCRGCGGCGACGUCGGUUUUCGAAGGGGUCGGCCGGACUCUGAAAGGGCGAGACAUGAGGAGGGUUCGGGACGCAGUGUGGAGUCAGACCGGGUUCGAUGGUUAAUUAAAAUUUUAUGGGUACAAAUAAAAUUAAGUUUAAUGAUUGGGGUUUUUAUAUUUUUCCCCUUUUUGGGGUUUGGGCAGUGAUUCGGCCGAGUGGACUCGCUCAAACCGAGUCGACUGGUAGCGAGUGAGCCAAACAUAAUUCUUCAGUCAACUCUUCUUCGACUGGGUAUAUCGGGAUCGGAAAUUGWAUCGUUGUUAGCUCGUGUU